UUACGCCUCUGGCCAGUAGCAGGGCUCUGGUUUGUGGUCGUAAGGUGAACAACAUUUUGACUGGUGCGUCCCGUCCUCUUUUACUGUCUAUGGUCCCGUCAAGAACUUUUGAAGACCAAUGUGAUGUGGGAUCCUGGGCAGUUAUAGUAACAAGCAGGGCUGUCUAUCUGAAGAAUCAUGCCGCCCUUGGCGCUCCCCCUUUUGAAGCUUUUUAGAUACAAUAAUAAGGAUAAUUUGCAAAGGCUAGCAACAUGGUGCUGUGCCUUACACACAGACGGUGGAAUGUGGUCACUUGGUAGCAACAGAUCCUCAAAUAAGGCUAAUUUAAUGGUGGCGACAUUUGAUUCGGUGCCUUUAGCGCAGACUGCUCGCAAAGUCUGGGGACAUUUGUUAGCACCAAACAUGUGCUACAGCUCCAUCAGCAGCGAGGAAAGGACGAAUUGGUUGUGGUCAAUAUACAACGAAAAUAAAACGCAGAUAGAAGCAUUGGUCCCUGGUAUGUUAAACAGUUCAGUGAAUCCUGACACAAUAUUUGCCAACAAUGAAAUGAGCCUACACGACAUUGAGAUCUAUGGUUUUGACUAUGACUACACGUUGGCAUUUUACUCCAGUCACCUUCACACACUAAUUUUCAAUAUUGCACGUGACAUCCUCAUUGAACAACACAGAUAUCCUGAAGGAUUACGGGAAUAUGAGUACAUCCCCAACUUUGUGGUGAGAGGACUUCACUAUGAUGUGCAGAAGGCUUUACUAAUGAAGAUAGAUGCAUUUCAUUACAUCCAGUUGGGCACGGUGUACAGGGGCCUUCACCCAGUGCCAGAUAAAGAAGUUAUCGCAAUGUAUGAAGGUUCCCAUGUGCCUCUGGAAAUCAUGAGUGAUUUCUAUGGCAAGAGCUCUCAUGGCCAUACCAUGAAACAGUUCAUGGACAUUUUCUCCCUGCCCGAGAUGAAUCUUCUGUGUUGUGUUAAUGAUUACUUCAUGAAGCAUAACAUCGAUUAUGAACCAGUUCAUCUAUACAAAGAUGUGAAGGAGGCCAUAGGAGACGUCCAUGUGAAGGGUAUCAUGUAUCGAGCAGUUGAGGCUGAUAUUGAUAAGUAUAUCUGUUAUGGUGAGCAGACCCAUGCUGUGUUGCGAAAACUGUUUGAAAAUGGGAAGAAAAUGUUCUUGGUCACCAACAGUCCAUUUGACUUCGUUGAUCGAGGGAUGAACUACAUCGUGGGGAAGGACUGGAGAGAUCUCUUUGAUGUUGUCAUAGUGCAGGCGGACAAGCCUGGCUUCUUUAACGACAGGAGAAGGCCAUUUAGACGUGUUACUGAUAAAGGAGUGCUGCUGUGGGACAGGAUUCAUCGCCUGGAGAAAGGACAGAUUUAUAAACAGGGAAAUCUGUAUGAGUUCCUUAGACUCACAGGUUGGAGGGGCUCUAAGGUGCUGUAUUUUGGUGACCACAUAUACAGUGACCUGGCGGACCUGACUCUCAAGCACGGCUGGCGGACGGGGGCCAUCAUCCCAGAGCUGCGCAAGGAGAUCAAGAAGAUGAACACGGAGAAGUACGUCCACAACAUGACGUGGCUCCAGGCCCUCACCGGAUUAGUGGAGCGCAUGCAGGUGCACCGAGAUCCAGCAUCUCAGGCAGUAGUUCAAGAAUGGAUCAAAGAGAGGGAGCACUUAAGAUCCCAAACCAAGGACAUCUUCAACGCUCAGUUUGGUAGUCUCUUCCGCACCUACCACAACCCCACAUAUUUCUCCCGUCGCCUCUCGCGCUUCGCGGACAUCUACAUGCCGUCCCUCAGCUGUCUGCUCAACUACGACCUCCAGCACACGUUCUUCCCCAGACGCACUCCGCUGCAGCACGAGUCCCCCCUGUGGCCAGAGCAGGGCAGUGCCGGCGUUCCGUGCACUCCCCCCCCAUCGUAGAGAUCAAACGGACUGAGCACACCUCCCACAUGCUAAUCCCUGAUUGGCAUAUUGCACCAUGACUUUUUGGUCAGGUAUGUUACCGUUGGAAAAGAAGCACUCUGUGAUGUUAGCACUAAAGGGAACGUCUUUAUUUUUUUAAUAAUAAGCAAAAAAGACCAGAAUAUUGGCUUUGCACAUUUGCUCGUCAUAUUUAAUCUGACAUUGUUAAGGCCAGUUUCUAUAUGUCAGUCUGUAUUCACCGUUUAGCAGAAGUCAUUGGUGCAUGUUGAGUUCUACACAGCCCUUAUGGAAAUAACAGAUACAAUUUAUAUUGUAGUAGCAUGUCAUUUUUAGGUUGGGGAAAAAAGAAUAGUCUCUAAUGUUAUAUGACUGGAACUUACAUUUAACUUCUUACGUACUACAUGGAUUUCCUUUCUUGUUCAAUGCAGGCAUAAAAAAAUGGAACUAAUUCAGAAUGGGAACACAGGAUAAAGUUUGUGUAGUGUCAGAAUGUACUACUAACUUGCCUUUGUGUCUGUGGUAUCUGUGUUUGGAAAUAAGGGAAGACUUGAAAUCCUGUUAAGUCACUCAGGACUCCAGGGCUCAUCUCUCUGUAAUGCUGCUUAAGACCAAGCAGCCUGUAAUGGAAGAUGACUGGAUCACUGCUGAUGUGAUUGUGUACAAGCCAUUUGACCUUUUCCUCUGUAAAUGCCUUAUGCUCUCACAGAAACUGCACCCAUUGCGUCUUGAGCAUUGUAAUAACCUAUAUAUUUAACAUUUAGUAAUUUAGCUGAUGCUUUUAUUCAAAGCUUCUUCUGCAAUCAAAUCUUAAGCUCAUCUGCAUAGAGCUUUUGCUUUGGUGUCACAUGUCACUGGAUCACAUUACACUCUUCUUAUACAUGAGUAAGGCCUACUACCUAUUUUUAUAGAAUAGUUUUAUUUCUAGAGUGCUGAAGUGGUGUGAAUGUGUGUGUUUGUGUCUGUGUUUGUGGCAAAGGUUUCCAUUUAAAUGGAUUACAGUUUCUCGCCCAGGAAUUAUGAAUAAAUAAUAUUUAUUCUGAAAUGCAGAGGUGAGAGUAGGUAUUAAUAAAGGCUUGAUUUGCAGCUGUAGUAUGACUUAUAGCAAUGUUGUAAAUACAUGAACAUCUCAUGUACAGAGAUUUUUGCUGUUUUGAACCAAAGUGUGUUACUGUAAAAUCUGUUCUAUUUAUUUAGUGACAGGACUUGCACUGAAUGUGGUCUGUUCAAACGUCUUGCACAUGAGUAAACCAGUAUCUCAGUAAGCAAUACGAUUAGACUAGACAUAAGUCAUGGUGUAGGAGUCAUGUUUUAUUGAGACUGGGAAGAAUGCUCUCAGGAUAUAAAACAGUUGGCAGUCCAGCAAAUGUAUUGUUUUUAGUGGAAUUUAAUAUUGAAACUGAAUGAUAACUUCUGUACUCUAUUUUACUUCAGAAUGUAACUGGUCCUUCGUUGUAUAUUAAAACUAGUUUUGUUCUCAGUCAAAAAUGU